GGAAGCUGUAGAGUGGAAGUAUAAAAGCAAAGUUCCCGGUAAAAUGCAUGCUUGUGGGCAUGAUGCCCAUGCGGCAAUGCUUGUUGGUGCUGCCAGAAUUUUAAAGGCUCGUGAAAAUCAUCUAAAGGGCACUGUUAAGCUGCUCUUUCAGCCAGCAGAGGAAGCAGGAGUAGGUGCCAGGAGAAUGAUUGAAGAGGGUGCACUAAAGGAUGUGGAGGCUAUAUUUGCUGCUCAUGUAACUCAUGAACAUCCUACCUCUGUCAUUGGAUCCAUGGCUGGCCCUUUACUAGCCGGAUGUGGAUUCUUCAAAGCAGAGAUAAGGGGCAGGCAAAGUUCAACAGGAAGUCCGCAUCCACACAAUUCUAUUGACCCCGUUUUAGCUGUCUCUGCUGCAAUAAUCAGUUUGCAGAAUAUUGUGUCACGGGAAGCUAAUCCUCUAGAUUCACAGGUAGUUUCAGUGGCAGCAGUUAAUGGAGCAAACAGCCUAGACAUGGUGCCUGAAACUGUCAUCCUUGGUGGAACUUUCAGAGCCUUCUCCAAUGUUACCUUUCAUAAACUUCGACAAAGAAUAGAGGAGGUUAUUACAAUGCAGGCCAGAGUCUAUAGAUGCGUCGCUUCAGUAGACUUCUUUGAGGAAGAAGGGUUCUACCCUCCCAUGGUGAAUGACGUGGCGCUGUACAAGCAUGUGAAGAAGAUGGCCAUUGAGCUCUUGGGCUCUAAGAAGUACAGGAUGGUUCCCCAAGUAAUGGGUGCAGAGGACUUCUCCUUCUACUCGGAGAUUCCUGCUGCCUUCUACUACAUAGGUGUCAGGAACGAGACGUUAGGUUCCAUUCAUACGGCUCAUUCCCCCUACUUCAUGAUUGAUGAAGAUGUUUUGCCUGUUGGCGCUGCCUUCCAUGCCGCCAUUGCUGAGAGGUACCUUUCUGAACUUGGUUAGAGAAUAGAGGAGUAUUCUAUUCUUCAAAAUUUGAUUUUGUGCUGGCGGAGCAAUGGGAAUUAGAAUUUAUGAUUCGUGAUUGUUUUGUAGCAGCUGCUUUUGAUAGCUGGUGUUUUGUGUAUAUAAAUGAUUCUUUCUUGAAUUGGAUGGGAAGAAGAAGCUUUGGGGGCAAUGGAGUGUUUUUUUUUUUUUUUUUUUUUGUACAGGGAAACAGCGCUAAUUUAUAGCAUGUUACUCUUUGUGUAAGUAAUUAAUCAGUUUUUCGGUUUGAUUUUGAUUUGAAGUGAUAUAAUGUUAUGCUUCCAAUGGA